AUGUUAGCCCAACUUCUGCUUGCGUCGCUGCUGCCGACAUUCUCAUUGGGUGCGACCAUUCAUUCCCACGGAAGCAGUCGUCUUCAGGCCCGACAGAAUGCAACUGAGCCGUGUGCUGUUGUCAGCCGCGAAUGGGCUGCUCAGAAGGCAGCCAAUGUCUCUGGAGUGCCGAUCGUAGACGGUCAGCUGGCAUACGAUUCCACUUCAUAUCUACAGGAUCCGCCAGCAUCGUUUCAAUUUCCUGCAUUUGAUAUUCCGGCCGCCUUCGAGGAAAUCAUCAGCAAUAUCCAGGGCGGUUUGUAUGCCAACGAGUACGAAUUCCAGGCCGACCUCUACGCCGCCUUCAAUCUAGCCAAAGACGGUCACUUCAGAUACUUCCCGGAUCUUGUCGCUGCAGCCCUUCAGUUCCGAAGGCAGGACAUUGCUUUGGCCUCAGUGAGCCUCGACGGGGUGGCAGUCCCUCAGAUCUAUGCGGUUUCUGAUCUUCGGGCCUACAAUAACGGCACAUUCACGAACCCAUCCCCAGUCACUCAGAUCAAUGGCGAGGACGCGGUCCCGGUAUUGGAGGAUUUGUCUCUCCUGGGUGCGCUGCAGGAUCGCGAUGCUCUCUACAACACCCUUUUCUACUCGCCAGCCUUUUAUGCUUCGAAUAAGGGCGACUGGCAAGGUUACUUUGGUGGGACCGGCCGCUAUGGUAAUAUCUAUCCCAACGCAUCUACGUCUCUGACGUUUGAGAACGGCACGACGAUCGACAUCCCCACUGUUGCACGGGUUGUGGGCGAUUUCUCCAACAUUACAGAUGGAGAAUCUUUCUACGCCAAGUACUGCUCGGGUACAGUCCCAGUCACAUCGGUAGCUACGCCUACUCCUGUGCCCACGCCUACGCCGGGUGGGAACCUAACGGGUACUACGCCGCUGGGAUAUCCAACUCCGGUCGUCGUCACAUCGGAUGGCUCUGCAGCUGGCUACUUCCUCCCAGACAGUGACGUGGCAGUCCUCGCGCUGCUCACCUAUGCGCCUGCGAUACCGGCCGAGUUCCAGCUCGCAGUUCAAACCCUCAUCGAGGACGCCAAGGCUGCCGGGAAGACGAAACUGAUAGUAGACGUCUCGGCCAACGGCGGAGGCUAUAUUUUCCAGGGCCACGAUACCUUUCGGCAACUCUUCCCCCAGAUACAACAGGAUGGCUUCAACCGCUUCCGCUCAAACGAACUCCUGCAGAUUGCGGGCAAGCAGUUCUCAGCCGCCAUUCCGCCUGGGUUCAAUCCUGAGACAAGUGAUAACGACACGCUGAUCAAUAUAUGGGAGUCGUAUCAGAACUUCCGCUUCGAUCUGAACUAUACCAAUCAGUCAUUCGUUUCGGUCGAGGACAAGUUCUCCCCGGAGACAAUCAACGGCGAUGAAUUCACCCCAAUCCACCGCUGGAACUUUGACGACCCCCUCUUGACCAUCAACGAGACCUAUGGUAUUGGUUUCGACGUGACGGGUUAUCGCUCCCGUGCGAACAACUUCACGCAGCCCUUCGCAGCCGAGGACAUCAUCCUCCUUUACGACGGCUACUGCGCCUCGACAUGCACUCUGUUUUCCGAGUUCCUGCGUAUCCAGGGUAAUGUGCGGUCCGUUACGUUCGGCGGCCGCCCCGGACUGGAUGAAUCAGGCGAGAUCCCCAUAAUUCAGAACUACGGCGGCGUCAAGGGGAGCAAUAAUGUCGGCUACAGCUACUUCAAUCAGCUCGCCGAAGUCUCGCUGGCAGCUCAGGGCAACGCGCUGAAUACCACGUCCGGGCCAGUGGGGCCUCUGUCUGACGACGAGAUUGCGUUGUUGGAGCUCAACCUCGACACGUACGCGGCCAAUCGCAGCACGGGGACAAGCAUCAAUGUGCGUGACAACAUUCUCAGGUACAAUAUAGAUGACGGUGUGCCCGCGCAGUUCAUCUACGAGCCAACGGACUGCAGACUGUUCUACACACCUAAGAGUAUCAUCGACCCCGAGGAACAGUGGCGGCAGGUAGCGGAGGCGGCUUGGGGAGGUGGAGACUGCGUUGCUGGCUCGCUGGGAACUGGAGAAGACAGGCUGAAGAGGAAUGCGGUGCGAAGCGGUGAGAAGUGGAAGAGAAGCGUUGAGCCCAAGGUGAUCAGCUUGCCAGACAAGGCGCCCGUGAGGACCCUCUGGUGGGAGGCGCAGUACGAAACAAGUGUGCCUUACUAA